AUGUCUGAGAGACUAGACAGCAGCUCUAUACAGGUGCUAUAUCAAUCGUUAAAGGAGAUCACUAACGAUGCCGAGAUGGAGCUCUUCGAAGAUCGUAUCACCAAAUUGAAUUUUGCGAGUACUAACGAACCAAAAAAUGCUAACGACGUCAUAAAAGAUAGAUUUUUGAAGCCUUCAAAUAUUCUUCCCUGGAACUUAUUAGAUAUGGUUCAAGACGUACCGCAAAUGAACUUCUUAGACGAUCAUUCUGAUAGAUUGGACUAUAAGGAAUUGUUGAAAAUUCCCAACCCAAUUAAUCGAACGUCAUACCAGUUCAAAAGAACAGGCCUUGAAGGUAAAAUUUCAGGCUAUAAAGAAGAGGUUAAUCUGAAGGAAAUUACCAAUGCCAAUGCAUCGAAUUCGCUAUCAAUCACAAGAAGUAUCAACCAUAACAAAAACUCUGUAAGAGGGUCUACAGCACAAUUACCUUUCACACCAGGUGGUAUUCCCAUGAAAUCCAUGAAAACAGAUUCAGAACAAAAUGGAAUAUCCGCAAUGUCUAACGCUACCAAGCUUUUACACAAGGAUGACCAAGGUUUAUUCGAUAUUCCAGAAGGCAUGAAAAGAGGUAUCAAACCAGUGGAUACUGCCGUUGACAACGAGGAUCAAAACGGGCAAUUGAAAGAAUUGAAGCAACUAGACGAAAUAGAUAACGAAUUAAGCAUUAAGAUGGAAAUAGACGAGGAAAAAAUAAAAGCAGAGGAAAACUUCAAUAAAACUCUGUCUGAUGAGAUUAUAGAGGAAGCUACUGAAGAAACAACCGCCAAUAAUGCUGAUGAUGCCGAAAUCGAUGAAUUAUUGCCAAUUGGAAUUGACUUUGGCAGAACUAAAGCUGUUCAAAAAAAUGUUCCGUUAAAAAAGGAGUGGGCCCAUGUUGUCGAUUUAAACCAUAAAAUUGAAAAUUUUGAUCAACUGAUUCCCAAUCCUGCUAGGACGUGGCCUUUCGAAUUAGACACUUUCCAAAAGGAAGCCGUUUAUCACCUCGAACAAGGUGACUCCGUUUUUGUCGCCGCUCACACAUCUGCUGGUAAAACUGUGGUUGCAGAAUAUGCAAUUGCUAUGGCACACAGGAACAUGACCAAAACUAUUUAUACAUCGCCUAUUAAAGCUCUAUCUAAUCAAAAAUUCCGAGACUUCAAAGAAACUUUUGACGAUGUCGACAUUGGAUUGAUCACCGGUGACGUGCAGAUUAAUCCGGAUGCAAAUUGUUUAAUUAUGACGACAGAAAUUUUACGGUCGAUGCUAUAUAGAGGCGCCGAUCUGAUAAGAGACGUUGAGUUUGUCAUUUUUGAUGAAGUUCACUACGUCAAUGAUCAAGACCGUGGUGUUGUUUGGGAAGAAGUUAUUAUCAUGCUUCCUCAGCACGUCAAAUUUAUCCUACUAUCUGCAACUGUUCCUAACACUUAUGAAUUUGCCAAUUGGAUCGGAAGGACUAAGCAAAAAAAUAUUUACGUUAUUUCUACCCCAAAAAGACCGGUUCCACUAGAAAUAAACAUUUGGACCAAGAAGGAAUUGAUUCCAGUCAUCAAUCAAAAUUCAGAAUUUUUGGAUGCCAAUUUCAGAAAACACAAAGAAAUUUUAAACGGAGACAGUACAAAGGGAAUUCCUUCCAAAUCAGAUACCGGAAAAGGCGGCUCCACAGCAAGAGGUGGACGCGGUGGAGGUAAUACGCGGGGUGGAAGAGGAGGUCGUGGCAAUUCAACACGUGGGAAUGCUAACCGUGGAGGUUCAAGAGGUGCUGGCGCAAUGGGCUCUAAUAAACGUAAGUUCUUCACUCAAGAUGGCCCUUCGAAAAAAACAUGGCCUGAAAUUGUUAACUACCUCAGAAAAAGAGAAUUACUGCCAAUGGUUGUAUUUGUGUUCAGUAAGAAGAGAUGUGAAGAAUAUGCCGACUGGCUUGAAGGAAUUAACUUCUGCAACAAUAAGGAAAAAUCACAAAUUCACAUGUUCAUCGAAAAGUCGAUUACUCGUUUGAAGAAAGAGGAUAGAGACUUACCUCAAAUUCUCAAAACGAGAUCAUUACUUGAACGUGGUAUAGCCGUACAUCAUGGUGGUCUAUUACCCAUUGUCAAAGAGUUGAUUGAAAUAUUAUUUUCCAAAGGUUUCAUUAAAGUUUUAUUUGCUACAGAAACUUUCGCCAUGGGUUUGAACCUUCCCACAAGAACCGUUAUUUUCAGUAGCAUUCGUAAACAUGAUGGUAACGGAUUAAGAGAAUUAACCCCAGGAGAGUUUACCCAAAUGGCUGGUAGAGCCGGCAGAAGAGGUUUGGAUUCUACCGGUACAGUUAUCGUCAUGGCGUAUAAUAGUCCUCUAUCUCUUGCUACAUUCAAGGAAGUGACAAUGGGUGUUCCAACAAGAUUGCAAUCUCAGUUUAGGCUAACAUACAAUAUGAUUUUAAAUCUUCUGAGAAUCGAAGCAUUAAGAGUUGAAGAAAUGAUUAAGUAUUCUUUCAGUGAAAACGCCAAGGAAACUUUACAACCCGAACACGAAAAGCAAAUCAAAUUAUUGCAGGCGGAAUUACAAACUAUAGAAUAUAAAAGUUGUGAAAUAUGUGACGAUGAUAUCGAAAAGUUCUUGAGAUUAAUGUUAGCUUACAAAGAGGCAACAGUAAAUCUGAUGCAAGAAAUGGUCAAAUCUCCUUCAAUUCUACAUGUUUUGAAAGAGGGAAGACUCGUUUCCUUCAGAGACAACAACGAUUGUCUCAAAUUAGGUUUUAUAUUCAAAGUUUCCCUGAAGGAUGCCGUUUGUGUCAUUAUGACCUUCACAAAAUCGUACACACUUCCAAAUGGCGAACCAAAUCAUUUAAUAUACUUCCCAAAAGCGGAUGGGUACAGAAAAAGAAAUUUUCCGAUGUUCGAGAAAACAGAUUUUUAUAUGGAAGAAGUUCCCGUAACAGCUAUUGAAGUGAUCACAACGCGAAAAUUUGCUGCUCCAUUGGGUAAGGUUAUGAAGAAAGAUGCAACAGCUCUAAGUGAAUUUAAAGCUGAAACGAAUAACAUCUUAGAAGGAAAGACACUCAAAGAAGCAAUCAAUAUUGAAAAGCAGGGUUUGAAAAUUCACCAGAUCUUGCUGGACCGUGCAAACAUGAGAGAUGAGAUAUUUGGACUAAAAAGCACCAAAUGUCCUGAUUUAAGCCAGCAUAUCGUUCCGAGGUACAAGGCGCAUGUAAUUGAAGAGAAAAUCAAAGAAUUGUAUCAUUUGAUGUCUGACCAAAACUUGAGCCUGCUGCCCGAUUAUGAAAAGAGAUUAGCUGUUCUGAAAGAUACUGGAUUUAUCGAUCAAAACCACAACGUCCUAUUAAAGGGUAGAGUAGCAUGUGAAAUCAAUUCCGGUUAUGAAUUAGUUCUGACCGAGUUAAUUUUGGACAAUUUCUUGGGAAGUUUCGAACCUGAAGAAAUAGUCGCCUUAUUAUCGGUGUUUGUUUACGAAGGCAAAACCAGAGAAGAAGAAUCUCCCAUUGUCACACCAAGGCUAGCAAAGGGUAAAGAAAGGAUUGAAGAAAUCUACAAGAAAAUGCUUGGCGCAUUCGGUACCCACCAAAUUUCAUUAACUCAGGAUGAAGCGGAGUUUUUAGAAAGAAAGAGGUUUGCUAUGAUGAAUGUCGUGUACGAGUGGGCCCGUGGUUUAUCGUUCAAAGAAAUUAUGGAAAUGAGCCCUGAAGCUGAGGGUACCGUGGUCAGAGUCAUCACAUGGUUAGAUGAAAUUUGCCGUGAAGUUAAGACUGCAUCGAUUAUCAUUGGUAAUUCUACUUUACACAUGAAGAUGAGCAGAGCUCAAGAGCUAAUCAAAAGAGAUAUUGUAUUCGCUGCAAGUUUGUACCUAUAG